UCCUGAUCAACGAAAAGGUAUUCGGACGAGACUUCGUCAGGUCAGUUUCUGUGAUGAAUGUUGUUAAAAUUAAACGACACUUUGAAGUUGAGGAAAGAUCGGGUGGGAAGGCGCGAGGCGGAAAGCUAGCGCGUCGGGCGCGUUCUUUCAAAGAGGACUUCCUGGAGAAGCUGUCACAGAUGCGUUCUCCAGGAGGUGGCACCGGAGGCGGUGGAAGUGCAACCGUGACCCGAGCGGCAUCGCCCUCAUCGCCUCGCACUCCUCGUGACAAGGCCGCAGCUGGUGAGACCCUGGAUAAAAGUCCUCUUCGUGACCUCCAUAUACACGUACGCCAGGUACAGUUGGCCCUACUGCACUUUCGCGAUGUAGUGUCGAAAAACAAGCUGGAGAUGCUUCCGGGAAACGGUACCAUCGUCCUGGAUACUGUCACGACCAUACACACCGUACUCAAGUCUUACCUUCUCUCUGAAAACAGUUCAACUUUGGGCUCGGCUACUAAUCAAGUAUACCAAGCACUUGCACAGUUGUUAAAACUUUGCGACGAUGUGCUGCUACAUGGAGAUCAGUCGUCUGCGUUGGAUACUGGAAAUGUCAACCACGUUAUUGGAUUAGUCGAGGAUGCUGUUAAAAACUUGGUCACUCUCGCACAAGAGAAAAUUUCUAAUAGACAAAAACCGCCACCGAUAGCUGCGAGUAAUAAUAGAUCAUCGGGUUAUAAUUCUGAGUUGACAGCGCAAAGGAAUUCUCUACCCGACAUUCCAUUAACGCCAAGAGAAAGACAAAUUUUGGAACAGGCAGCCACAUCAAGCAGCUUAGUUCGAGGUUCACAUAGUUCAGAAUCUAUCUUAAGAGAUUCCAGUCCACCUCCGAAACCACCUCUUCCAGAUAGAACUAUUUGCGUAUCCGAUGAAAAUAGUUUUUCUGGAACGCCGCCUCCUUUGCCACCAAAAAGAAGAACCCGAGCUCAACAAUUACUGGAUGAGACCGAAGGUAUUUUAGCAGCUAGUCUCGACAGGGUCUCGCUUCGUAGCAGAUCUCCAGAGGACUCGUCGUCCCUCCUUAGUGCAUCUGCUGGAAGUUUAGAUUCUGCACUAAAUCAUUCGAGAGAUGAGGAUGAAAUCCGAGCAAUUAUGGGACCAAACGACGAGUCUCUUAACGACAGUAUGGAUCUCAGUUUAAUGGCAACGAUACAAGGCAUGCAAGUUAAUGGAACGUCUCAUUGCGGUUGUUGGGAUGGUUCGGAAACAAGUUUACCAAGCACUAUGUUGCUAGGUCAGCAAUCUCAACAAGAAAUUCUCAGUCCCUUUACCGGCAUCGAUGCGAAAAUGGAGCGGCUAUCGACACAAACCCAAGAGUCCGGUUUCGUAUCAAUGCACUCGCAGAGAAGUUCUUCUCAAAGCUACACUGCUUCGAGUAUGACUUCGAAAAGGUCUUCGCAGCAGAGCAGUAUCAGCUACAAUUCCCAGUCGUUUAGUUCUCAGCAACAAUCGUUUUCGCAGCAAAAACUAGCUGCCGAUAACAAUGGCACAGUUUUCUCGCAGAAAACGAUAACCAGUUCGAAAAGUUCUGUCAGCACGACAAACAUAACUGGUAGCGGAGAUCCAACUCUCUUGGAGAAACUGGUAAAUGAAAUUGAAGACUGUUUAACACUGGAUGCGAAUGGUAUUCCCCCGGCUCUUCCUGAAAAAAGAUCAAAGCGCAGAAAAGAAAGGCAUCCCUCACAAUAUGACAAUGUUCCCGAAAAUGAACAUUUAUCAACCUGCAGUCUUCAUAGCAAUGGCGAAAGUUACGAUUCUAGCAAACCACCUCCUCUACCAAUCAAAAAAAGACACAUCAUGGCGUAUAUGGAGAUGUUUGGAAAUUGCUCGCACAGUAACAACGACUUUAUCUCGGAUUUGGGCACGAGACAUUCGAUGGCAGCUUACAAUACGAUGCAGGCUGAAUGGCAGCAGCACGAAAUGUCUUUGACAACAACGCAAUCUUGUUCCUUCAUGACCCAUACGAUGACAAGCUUGCACGACAGUUCGAGCAUUUCCGUUACCACGACACCUUCGAUUAAGGAAGUCCUCUGCAAUUCUGGUUUACCUCCAGCAUUACCGCCAAAGAGAUCUCGUUCUAUUAAAUCAAAAGUAACUCCACCCCCGAUUUCACCCAAACCCACUGUCAGCAUGCAAAGUGUCCACAUACCCGAGACAAUUUCGGCUUCGACUCCCCUCAAAAUUGAGGAUUCCAAAUGCAAAACAGAGUCGAAACCAGUUACGCCUUCUACUCCAGUUUCCUUGAACAAUAAUAUACAUACGGACAAUUUGUCGAGGCCAACAAGUGACGCUCUCACGAAUAUAUCCGCCGACGAAAACACUCUGGAGUUACAUGAUGUGGAACAGGAUGAGAGCCUCUUAGACGAAAUAGAAAUUAAUAAAUACCUCGUCUUUAAAAAGCCUGAAGAAGACGGUCCUGAUAUUCGUGGAGGAAAUCCGGAUGCUUUGCUAAUUCAUGCUACCAAAGCCAACAAACAUGACGAGAAGGAAUCAGAUUUCUUGUAUCAGGAAGCAUUUUUGACAACAUAUAGAACUUUCAUGUCGCCUCUGGAUCUCAUCAAGAAAUUACACAGGCGACACCAACGUUUUUCAUGUUCGUCUGACGUAGUAAAACAACGAGCUGCGAGAGAGGCUUUCUCUCUUCUCGUCAGAGUUGUUAGCGAUUUAACGUAA